AUGCCUAACUAUGGUCAGAGUAGUACUCACUCCCCCCAAAUAAGCAUGGCCUCCUCUCCAUCUCCACUCCACAGCUUCUCCUUCACCAGCAUCCUCCACGCCCUCUCUCAAACCCCGCACAGGCUCCGGAGGCGGCUGCUUGCCACGUGGACUCCGGAGCAGGAGCUAAACCGAGUGAGGGAGAGAUCAGGAGCAAGCAUGAAGAGAAAGCUAGAGUGGUACGAUCUUGUGGCCCUUGGAGUAGGAGGAAUGCUCGGCGCCGGAGUCUUCGUCACCACCGGCGACGUAGCCCGCGACAUAUCCGGCCCCGCCGUCUUCGUCUCCUACUUUGUCGCUGGAGUUUCGGCCCUCCUUUCUUCCCUGUGUUACACCGAGUUCUCGGUGCAUAUUCCGGUUGCCGGCGGUGCCUUCAGCUAUCUAAGAGUAACAUUUGGUGAGUUUGUGGGCUAUUUUGGAGGAGCCAACUUAGUAAUGGAGUACGUGCUCUCGAAUGCGGCGGUGGCGAGAAGCUUUACGGAGUACUUGGCGGGCGCUUUCGGUUCGAAUAAGCCGAACUCGUGGAGGAUCGAAGUUGAUGGGCUCGCCAAAGGCUAUAAUGCAUUAGAUUUACCUGCUGUGUUUCUUAUUCUUCUCCUCACCUUAUGUUUGUGCCAUAGUACAAAAGAGAGUUCCCUACUGAACCUAGUGAUGACAGUGUUCCAUCUACUCUUCUUUGGGUUUAUCAUUGUUGCUGGUUUCUGGAAUGGGAGUCCCAAGAACUUGAAAGAGCCCCAUGGAUUGGCUCCCUUUGGUGUUAGAGGUGUUCUCGACGGAGCAGCUAUUGUAUACUUCAGCUACAUUGGCUAUGAUUCUGUGUCAACCAUGGCUGAAGAGAUCAGGAACCCCACUAAGUCCCUUCCGAUUGGAAUUGCAGGCUCAGUUCUCAUUGUCUCUGUCCUCUAUUCUCUCAUGGCCUUGGCUUUAUGCUCCAUGAUUCCCUACAAUGAGAUAUCGGAGAACGCACCGUUCUCUUCAGCAUUCGAGAAGAAAGUAGGAUGGAAGUGGGCGAGCAACGUGGUCGGCGCUGGGGCGAGCAUGGGCAUCGUGGCGUCACUCCUGGUGGCCAUGUUAGGCCAAGCUAGGUAUCUCUGCGUCAUCGCGCGGGCUCGGCUCAUGCCUUCAUGCUUAGCUAAGGUUCAUCCUUCCACUGGAACCCCAACAAACGCAACCAUCUUCUUAGGAUUGUGCACAGCAGCUGUAGCUCUCUUCACAGACCUUGAGAUAGUGCUCGAGAUGAUAUCAAUAGGAACACUGUUAGUGUUCUACCUCGUGGCCAAUGCACUCAUCUAUCAUCGCUACGUGAAUCUCGGAGCGAACCGGCCUCUCCCCGUUCUCCUCUUCCUACUGCUCCUCACCUCAACCUCACUAGGCUUCUCCUUGACAUGGAAAAUUAAUGGAAAACAAUGGUGGGUCUUGGCCUUAUUUGGAGGAACUUCUAUAUUAAUCACUAUACUCUUUCACUGUGCAGUUCCUUGUUACCGCCACCCAUCGUCGGAGUGGUCGGUCCCAUUAAUGCCGUGGCCUGCCACAGCUUCGGUCUUCCUCAAUGUGUUCCUCAUUACUAGUCUCAAGAAGAAAUCUUUCCUAAGGUUUGGCUUGUGGAGUGCAGUGAUUAUUUUGUUUUAUGUCUUGUAUGGAGUGCACUCCACAUAUUAUGCAGAAGAGGUGGAGAUGGGUAAUGAAAUUGGUGGUGGAAUUCCAACUACCACUUCCCAGGAGCAGCCAAAGAUAGAUGUAUAGUUGCUUUAGUUCAUCAUCUUAACAAGUACUAUAACAUUCUCUUUGAUAAUGGCAAAAGAGAAGUUGGUUACUCUCAAGUAGCA